CGAGGCAGCAGCUAAGGCUGCCGAUGAAGAACGAAUUCAACGAUGCGAGAAGAUAUUCAGUGGAGAGUGAGCUUUGCUCACAAUGGCAGCGGACUGGUGGGCCAAGGCCGAGACAGGUGAGAUGGAAGAGAGUGAAAUCAAGACCUCCUGGCAACAUGCAUUACACAGCAGGAGGACAUCCACAACCUCAACGACGCGUUGGCUCAAGUCCACAGCCGCCUCCGACAGCUGGAGCAGCGACCCGUCGCCGCCCCCGAUGCCAGCUCUUCCAACACCUCCGAUCGCCUCUAGGCUUUGGAGAUUGACGUCGGAUCCCUCAAGGACGGCGUGCAGUUACAGCAAACCGCAACGCAACAGUUGGAGCAGCGGAUCUGUACUGCUGCCACCCACUCGAGAUCAGAACCCCGUGAGACAACUCCAAAGUUCGAUGAUCAGGAGAUCUUCUGAUACGAAGACGAAGACGGACCCGAUUCCAUGGUUCCGCAAGUUCGAGCUCAAGUUGCAGCUCCACCACGUCAGCGAACACAAGCAUCACGCGUACUUAUACUCCCGGUCGGGGGGCGCGUGCCAAGCAUGGUUGGACAAUCUCUUGUCCAAGUACGGAGUGGUAGCUGCCGACUUGCACACCAUGAUCAGCUGGGAUGAUCUAAAGGCGGCGUGGCAUAAGCGGUUCCAAGUAGAGCCGCCGGAGAUCAAGGCAAUGGACAAGCUGAUGACCUUUGAACAAGGCACGCUGCCGAGUGUUGACUGGAUUGCCGAGUACCAACUCUUGACAUCCAUCCCAGACAUUCAAAUGAGCUUCAAGGUCGUCAAACACUACUUCAUCUCGAGGUCGUGUACGACGUUGGGCAAUGCCUUGACUCAUGUCGAGGACACCCUGACGACAACGGCGGAGCUCUUCGACAAGGCUGCACAGAUCAUUGUCACGAACAAGGAGGCCAAGAACCUCCACCGUUCUUCUGCGGCAGGCCUGAGCAGAGAUCAGCAUCAGCCGAAAGUGGCCGUGGUGGCGGCGGCAACGCCAACCGACCAAAUUAGCGAGGCCGUGUCCGCCUAUGAAGGGGACAGACUCGCAGCCGCCCGGGAUGGUGGCCACCCCGGCAAAGGCCGAGGACGCAGCAAGGCGAAGACAAACACCGCAUCUAGCCCCGGGCCCGGCGCAACAGCUCCAUCCCCAUGGUCUCACCACGAGGAAGAGAGGGAUAUUUUUGUCGCUAAGUUGGCCUCCUCAACCCCAGAUCCUGCGGAGAAAGAAAUCUUGUUACAAGAAAAGAAAGCAGAACUACAUAAUAAAAUGGUGGCUGCAAAACGGCAGGAAUUUGAAGAAAAGAAAAGAUUGAAGGAAAUGGGGGAGAGGUUUCAACAGCAAUUGCAAGAGCAAAAGGAAAAACAAGCUGUUGCAGAUGAACGGCUGUCCCUCCUCACCGAUACCCUUCUCCAUACCAACAAACAGCUCGCCGCGUUGUCAAAGCAAGUACAAAAAGUUGAACAUCACCAGUUUGUGUUCGAAGGCGUCUGGGACUCCUUCCUGCAGAGGUCUGCACAGGAAGUGGAUAAACAUAUAAUAGCCUGUGUAGAAAAAUUGGAUGAACAAAUAAGCAAAAGAUUAUCUAACGCCGCCGUGGUAAAGAAACUAGUAGCUGGCGGCGGAGGAGAUGGAGGGGACGGAGAUGGAGAUGGAGGAGAUGGAGACAAGAAGAAGAAAGGAGUGCAACAAGAAGAAAUAGAGGAAGUAAGGAAGAUUAAAGUAAAAGUACCGUGGACUUACACGGGCAAGAAAGAAGAAAGUGUCUUACAUUGGAUUGCGGCAGUCGAAUCUUAUGUCUAUGGACAACACAUUCCAUAUUGGGACCGAGUCCUCAUGGCCAGCUCGUGUAUGGUUGGAGAUGCUAUGAGUUUCGCAAUCUCCUGGCAAAAGGAAGCAGGUUGUGCCUCCAUGGUGGAAUUCUCUCAGCAAACGCGAAUUGAAGACUUCUUUAAAGUUGUUCGAGAAAGGUCGAGGCUUGCCUCAUGUAGGCCUUUGCUCCAGGUCGGGUCUUUUUCGUCGAUUAGUCUCACUGGGUCCAUCAGCAGAGUGUCAGAUGAGGCACCCAACGAGGCAUGGGGCUCACAAAAUGUCAUGGCCAUGGGGAAUGCUAGAGAGCAGAGUGAUUUGCACACUUCGCUAGGCACUGGUGUUUCUUGGCGACAUUUUCAUGGAAGAGAAAUGAAAGCUACGAGCUCACCUGGGCGCUUAACUCUUGCAGGGAGUCGUACAAAACGUCCCAAUCCACUCGACAAUUUCAAGGACUACACUGAGGGUUGGGAUUUGAAUAAGAAGGAUUACAUCGCAUCUGCACUGUUCACUGGUGCUCCAGGGUAUGGCAUGUCUGCAGUUUGGAUCCUGUGGACAGUCCUCAAGCUACUGUAUAAGUGUGUGCAGUGCUGCCGUCGACGAGACAGUGAGGUUGUGAAUGAGCCCAAACCUACUCAGCUAACAAUUUUGACAUGCGUGGUACUCGUAUGCAUUCUGAUAACAAUCGUCGCGUGCGCAUUAACGUAUAGCGGGCAAAAGAAGUUCAAGGAAGAAUUCUGGGCUAGCGUGGAUGUCGCAGUGAAUAAGACAGAAGAGGUUCUUGGGUUAGUAAAAAAUGUGGGGCAACUACUGGGGGAGGCUGAGAAGAUACCUGUGAUAAGCGAGAAAUUGGGCCCGGACCUUCUCGGAUCACAGCAGAAGUUGGAGGAGAAGUCUGAAAAUGUACGGAAGGAGGUGACGAAUACCAAAACCGAGGGCCACAACUGGGAGAGGAUAAUUAUGAUAGUGGUGCUUGCAGUUAUAAGCUUUAUGCUGGUGGUAUUUGCGUUGAUGAUCACCUUCCUUGUUGCACGAUUGGAAACACUUGUGUCUAUUUCCUCCUUCUUCGGGUCGUUGAGUACGAUUAUCGGCUUCCUUAUGUUCGGCAUAUGCUUGGCAGUUUAUAACACAACAGGGGACACUUGUCUUGCAAUGAAGGAGUACUCGGAGCAGCCUCAGGCAGACUCCGCUUUCAAGGACCUCAUCCCCUGCAUACCGAAGGCGGAAGCAGAGGCGACGAUGACAAACCUAAGGCAAGUUAUUUACACAUCUGUAAUUGACAUCAAUGGACGGCUCGUACACGGCAAAGUGAACGACCCAUCGGGGAAGCAACUUGUCAUCUGCAAUCCCGUUGGGCCGCCGCCUGAGUACAACCGUAAGACGGAUUGUGAUGAAGGAGAAGUAGGCACAGACAACAUCAGUGUGUCAGGGGAAUGUGUCACAGGCAUUGCCUUCAACAAAACUAUCUGUGACAGUGAUCUGGCAAACAUAGCUUCCCUGGUGCUUCGCAUCGAUGACCUCUACCCACAGCUGGAAUUGUGGCGACUACUGGUUCCGGAUGCCAUCGCCUUGCGUACUUCAGUGGCGACACACGGCCACGGUCUGCGGUGUCGUCGACGCGGAAAACUGGAGAGGGUCAAUCCUCGCUGCACGUGUCCGCGCAUGGCGGUUCUACACUUCGGCGGCUGCGGACGGACGAUUCCAUCGGGGAGGACAUCGCUCAGGGGGGGUGGCGGAGGGCGAAUUGCAGGCGUGUCAUCGUUGUGGUCGCGUAGGUGGUGGCGGCAGGUGGGCUACGGGGGACACAUACGACAACAGCACGUCGUCUUUCGGCAUAGGGCGAGCUUCUGGACUUCUCGCCGUGUGCGAUGUCACAUUUGCGCUGUUGAGGGUCUACGCAAACAAGAUUUCCUGGCCUACGGGGUGCGGAAACACGUCGUGCUCCGGGUGUUUUUGGAGAAGGGUUUUCCCAAGUGUCACGACGCUGUCGACUGCACACACAUCUACGUCGACAAACCGGCGAACGCCCCCAGCGAGAACUACUUCGACCGCAAGCACUGUUUCUCCGUCGUUGCGCAGGUCGUGGUCGACCUGGGUCUGCGCGUUCUGGACUUGUUCGUCGGGUAUCCCAGGAGCUGCCAUGACAUAAGGGUGAUCCAGUUGUCUAGUUUGUCGUGGUGCGCAGAAGACGGAACGAUGUUUCAUGGGCCUCCUGUGAUGCUGUCGGGCGGGAUGAGGACAAAUGGAUAUAUCUUAGGCGACAACGGGUACCCUCCUUCGGAAUGGGUAGUGGUGCCGUACGGCGGAAUCAAUCAGCCCCCCGAUGAGGAAAGGUUCGACACGAAGCAGAAUGUCACAAGAGAGGCUGUGGAGAGGGCGUUCGGACGGUGGAAAGGGAUGUGGAGGCUCUUCCUGCGGGCGCACAAGACCAACCUGGACACUCUGCCGCAGCAGUUCACGGUCGUCUGCAUACUACACAGCAUUCUCCUCGAUGCUGGUAUCGAGUUCGACGAGAAUCUGCUAUGGGAGGUCGACACGGACGGGGUGCGGCACCGAGUGGAUCUAGGGAUUCAUCUUCCCCCGCAGCCAGUCAUCAAUUCCACUUCCACGACCGAGGCGAUCACGCUCCGGAACGCUCUAACAAAGCGAAUGAAGCACAUGUAAUCCGCGAUACGACCUGGUUGUUUCUCACAAUGAAAGUACCAUGUUCAU